AUGCCGCGCGGCAACCAGAGAGCACCACGAGGGCGUCGCCCAGCCUGGACUACAACUCCCAUGAUGCACGCGCCAAUUUCGGCCAUGAUAGCGGGGCUGGGCCGCUGGCUCCGGACGGAGCUGGAGCUGCCCCCCAGCGCUCCCAUCUGGGAGUACAUCAUGGGCCACGUGCGGCACCCGGGGAAUGUGAAGAAGAUCAAAGGGAACCUGCUGUGGUACUGGCACCUCGAGGAGAUUCAGCGAGGGGCGGGGUCAAGCAUGCCUUAUAUGGAAGUGCGCGAGGCCUUGGAGCAGGUGAGGGCGGAGCUUAAAGUGAUGGGCGGGGCCGUGGGCGAGGCCGCUUCAGCGGUGCUGAAGCUGGAAGAGGCACUGGGGGCGGAGCUUCACCGACAGGGGGCGGAGCGUCGCCGAGGGGCGGAGCUUCGGGCCCUGGGGGUGGAGGCAGCGCAGGAGGGGUGGAGGCUGCGGAGGGAGGGGGCCCAAAUAAGCUCCGCCCACCGGGAACAGGGGCCAAAGGUGGGACUAACGUCGAAAUUGGCGGCCGUGUGCAAGCUGCAGGAGGAGGCCCUGGAGGAGCUGCUGGGGCUCCGCCCCUUGUCGAGGCCGCAGGACCUCACCUUGCUCUGGCUGCAGGAGGCCAAGGCACUGCUGAACCAACACAGCCCAGAGGAGGUGCUGGAGGCCCUGCUGACACUGCGGAAGGGGUACCCCAAAAUCAGCCCUGACCUUGACCCUGACAAUGAUGCUCAGCCCCAUAUGAAGACCCUCAUCCAGGACUGCUGGGAGGAUGUGGGGGGACUCUGGGACCUCAUCCACUCCUCAGCCUCCCGCCUGUCCCCCCUGAGGCUCUGGCUCCUCCAGCUGCCGGAGGAGAUUCAGCAGUGCCUGGAGGGGGACCCCAAAGGCCAGCAGGCUGCCAGGUUGAUGCUGGAGGCCGCGGGGCUCUCAGGGGCUCGGGAGGCCCUGAUCCAGCAGGUCCAGGAUCUACGGGGCAGCCCCAUGGACUCCCCAGAAGCUGCCCUGGGGCCACUGAGGAGGCAGCUACAGAUCCAGCUCCGGGCUCUGGCCGCAUCCAAUGGGAAGCUCCGGGCUCAGCUGUGCCUCCGGCAGGCUCAGGCCCGAGGAGCUGUGCGGCUCCCCCCAGGGCUGCAGGGGGAAGGGCAGCGGCUGCAGGAAGCGCUGAGCAUGCUGGGAAAGGAGAGGGUGCCCCUCCCCCCGAGCCCCGCCCACAGCCCACUGCAGCCAAUCAGACGUGCUCUAGGAAUGGCAGAGAGUGAGCCCCCACAGGGGGCGCUGUUGUGGGCAGCAGAGCUGCAGGGGGAGCUGGAACAGCGGAAGGGGCGUGGUCAGCGGAAGGGCGGACCCUGGAAGCCCCGCCCACCCCGCGCCCCUGCGGAGGGCGUGGCCAUGGCCGAGCUCCUCCCCCAGCUGCAGGUGCUGUCCAUUCGGGUCCAGCAGUGCCUCGAGGGCUGGCCCCUCCUCCAGGAUGUCAUCACCCAAUGGUGGGAGCAGCCGGCUCAGUGGAUACCAGCCACGCCCCCCAGCAACAUCCCCUUCUCCCAUUGGCUGAAGUGCUGGUCCCAGGCCACCCGUACCCUGAACUUGCACCGCCCCCUCCCCUUAGCCCCGCCCACCAGCGACGAGGAAGGGUGUGACCAGAGCAAGCCCCACCCCUGAGCCUCGGUUUUAUCAGAUGCUCCUAUUGAAUGGGGUGCAGGAGGCGGGGCUUGGAGGAGGGCGGGGCCACAGGGCUGAGGUCCUGGAAGCGGA